AUGAAACUCUUAGCCACAAUCUUCCUCGUCAUCGCUUCCACUACAGCAGACAAACGAUGCCACGGUAUCUACUUCAACGGUAAAUACUACAACAUCGAUAUAAUCAAAGAAGGCGUUAAUAGAUUAGACAGUUUGAUACUAAACAGAAAUGACAACACAUUGUAUUUCACAUUUGAGCAAAUAGACAUAAUUCCUAACAGACUUGUUGGCUACAUGAACAUGGAGACAAAAGAAACUAAAGUAAUCGAUGGCAUCCAAAACGCCAGCUCUGUUGCUAUCGAUCAAAAAUUUAACAGAGUGUACGUCGGGAGUCGACACGGUCUAUAUAAAAUUAACGAUUUCAAACAAGCAGAAAGAUUGCCAAUUCAAGAUGACGUCAGAAGUGUGUUUUUCAAAGAUGUUUUGUACUUCGUCAACACGAAAGGAGAGGUUUAUAGAUUUGUAGAUGGAUUUGGAGCUAUUGUUAGAGAAUUACACGGGGUUGCUGUCGACGAUUUAAUCAUUGACAACGAUUACAAUAUGCUAUUUGUAAGUGAUAAGGCACUGUUUCGUAUCAAACUCGGCACAAGAGCAGUUAACAUACACGAAAAAAUUACAGUGGAUGUUUUGUCAACAGAUAUAUAUUCCAAGGCUUAUGUAUGUGCUACUAAUGGAGUAUAUAUUUAUAAUAAAUAUAAGUACGCGUUAGAUAAAGUUGCUGUUAUUGGAAAUUUAAGAGGGCUAACUUUCAAUAGAGCGAAUGAACCAAUAUACGCGGUAGGAGACUUGAUAAUCAAACUCAGUGAAAACGAAGUGCCUUGUUUUGAAAAUUAA